AUGUCACAGGAGUUUGAGAUGAGUAUGGUGGGAGAGCUGAAAUACUUCCUGGGUUUGCAAGUAGAACAAUCAGCUGAUGGGAUCUUUGUGUCUCAAAGCACCUAUGCCAAAGAAUUGGUACAGCGGUUUGGUUUAGGGAAGAGUAAAGAAGCUAAGGUACCUAUGGGAGUCAAUGACAAGCUUUCAAAGGAUGAGGAAGGAGAGGAUGUGGAUGAACGACUAUAUAGAGGUAUGAUUGGAAGCUUGCUCUACCUGACAGCAAGUAGGCCUGACAUUUGUCUGUCAGUGGGGAUAUGUGCACGGUGCCAGGCCAAGCCCAAGAUGUCCCACUUACUAGCAGUCAAGAAGAUCAUCAAAUACGUCAAGAGGACAGUGAACUUUGGUAUUUCCUUCACCAAUGAUACCAACACCAGUCUGAGCGGAUCCUACGAUGCUGAUUGGGCAGGUUCUGUGGAUGAUCGUCGAAGUACAAGCGGGGGAUGCUUCUUUAUGGGCAACAACCUAAUUUCAUGGCACAGCAAGAAGAAGAACAGUGUCUCACUAUCAACCGCUGAGGCUGAAUACAUUGCUUUGGGCAGCUGUUGUGCACAGCCCCUGUGGAUGCGUCAAAUGUCCUCUGACUAUGGAACUGGAGCUAGAACAGAUCAUAGAAAUCCUGGAAUAUAUAGAAGAUCAACAUCUGAAAGAGUGUGGGAAAUAGCUGCCUGUCAUGCCGGUCUGUCCAUCUUGUUAAACGUUGUCAUGAUUUAA